AUGACGGAUAUUGUAUCAGUCAAAGGAGUCGGCGCACGCAGCGCCAACAUCUCGUGGCAACAGCCCGUGGACGCAGAUUGUACAGGUGAACUGAUAGGCUACGAGGUGCUUGUCAACUCAUCCCAUUCCACUGGCCCCGUCUCCAUCAAGUUGCCACGGACCAACACCAGCCACUUGCUUGAAGACCGUCAACUGAAGCAGUGGGUUGAGGCCAAAUUGGACAUUCUCUUGGUUCUCAUGCAUGGCUGCCACGAGGACGCCCACAGAAGCCGUCAUCACGGAGCUCUUAAGAUGAGCAUGUGA